GAGGAGCGGUCGCCGCGCGUUAGUCGGGAGCAGUGCCGACUCCGGCUUCCAGCUGAGCCCAGCCCAGCCCAGCCCAGCCGGGGGCCAGGGCCACCACGUUCCUGGUAACUGGAAAGACCGAGGUGCAGAGAGUCUGUGAGAGAAGGAUUUUGUGGACUGCUUCAGUGUGAGUGUGGGGAGCGUCCCAGAGCUUCACCAUGUCCGGGAAACGGAAGAGAGUGGUGUUGACUAUUAAAGAUAAGCUUGAUAUAAUAAAGAAACUGGAAGACGGAGGUUCUUCCAAACAACUGGCAGUAAUUUAUGGAAUUGGUGAGACCACAGUUCGGGAUAUAAGAAAAAAUAAGGAAAAGAUUAUAACUUAUGCAAGCAGUUCUGAUUCCACCAGUCUUCUGGCUAAGAGGAAAUCGAUGAAGCCGUCCAUGUAUGAGGAACUGGACAGAGCAAUGCUGGAGUGGUUCAACCAGCAGAGGGCCAAAGGGAAUCCUGUAUCCGGACCCAUUUGUGCCAAAAGGGCAGAGUUCUUCUUUUAUGCUUUGGGAAUGGAUGGUGAUUUUAACCCCUCUGCUGGUUGGUUGACUCGUUUUAAGCAGCGGCACAGCAUUAGAGAAAUUAACAUUAGAAAUGAAAGAUUAAAUGGAGAUGAGACUGCUGUGGAAGAUUUUUGUAACAACUUUCAAGACUUUAUUGAACGAGAAAAUCUGCAGCCUGAACAGAUCUACAAUGCAGACGAAACUGGACUCUUUUGGAAAUGCCUACCUUCCAGGACUUCAGUAAUCAAAGGUAAAUGCACUGUCUCUGGGCACAAGUUAAUUGAAGAAAGAGUCACUGUCAUGUGUUGUGCCAAUGCAACAGGUUUACACAAACUUAAACUUUGUGUUGUGGGGAAAGCGAAGAAACCUCGCUCCUUCAAUUCAACUGACACCUCAAACCUGCCAGUUUCUUAUUUCAGCCAGAAAGGUGCGUGGAUGGACCUUUCCAUUUUCCGACAGUGGUUUGACAAGAUCUUUGUGCCACAAGUUCGAGAGCACUUAAGAUCCAAAGGCCUGCAAGAAAAGGCAGUGCUCUUGUUGGAUAAUUCACCAACACAUCCAAAUGAAAAUGUCCUCAGGUCAGAUGAUGGCCAAAUAUUUGCUAAAUAUUUACCACCUAAUGUGGCUUCAUUGAUUCAGCCCUUGGACCAGGGUGUCAUAGCGACAAUGAAGAGAAACUACCGUGCACGGCUUCUCCAGAACAACUUGGAAGAAGGUAAUGAUCUGAAAUCAUUCUGGAAAAAGCUAACUCUGCUAGAUGCACUUUAUGAAGUAGCGAUGGCAUGGAAUUUAGUAAAGCCAGUUACCAUUAGCAGAGCAUGGAAGAAGAUUCUCCCUGCCGUAGAGGAGAAAGAAGGCUUGGACUUUGAAGAAGAAGAUAUUUCACUGGCUACUGUGGCUACCAUUUUACAACACACCAAAGGAUUGGAAAAUGUGACUACUGAAAACAUUGAAAAAUGGCUUGAAGUGGACAGUACUGAGCCAGGUUAUGAAGUAUUAACUGACAGUGAAAUCAUCAGAAGAGCACAAGGCCAGACAGAUGAAUCCAGUGAAAAUGAGGAGGAGGAAAUAGAACUGAUUCCAGAGAAACAUAUCAAUCAUGCAGCUGCUCUCCAAUGGACUGAAAAUCUAUUGGAUUAUCUAGAACAACAAGGUGAUAUGAUUCUGCCUGAUAAACUGGUGAUACGUAAACUUCGAGCCACCAUCAGAAAUAAACAGAAGAUGACCAACUCAAGUCAAUAAUGGCAUUUUAAUGUGAUUGUUUUGGUGAUUGUGUUUGUAACUCAACCUCUUUGCAAUAAUGGCUUUAUUUGUGUGUGUGUGUGUGUGUGUGCUGAAUUCUCAGACACCGUCCUAUGAAAUACAGAUACAAAAAUGUAUCUGAAGUGGUUUUUGAGGAUUAUGUGUUAUGCAUCAUCUGUGCCUCUUGUCCGUUUACUUAUGCAGAUAAUCUACAGCUGGUUCUGUAUAAAUAUAAAUUACAUGUGCACAUGGUUUCACUUUUGUAGAUCUAUAAUUAUCCCUUCCAUAACAGUGGCAUUCCCUAAAUUUUCUAGCAAAAGUUACAAAUAGUAAAACAGAUUGAGCAUUUUCUUGAAAUCUUUUGUUUGAAUUGUGAGCAUUGCCACAGUAAUCUUGUGCUAACCCUGAAAUGGUUAUCUGUUUUGUGUAUCUGUAUAUGCUGAAAGAACGAGGAAGCAUCUAUAUUGUUAGAUUUCAGGGUGAUCUAUAAUAACUCAAAAUGAAUUUCAAUAAUGAGGAAACAGUGAUCUAUGAAUUACAAAAAUAACUUAGAAAUCAUACUUCUGUUACAUUUGGAUGGCAAUAGGGAAGACUUUUUUGGAAAUGGAAGUACAUAUAAUUCAGGAAGUGAUUGUUAAAUUAAUGAGAAAACUAUUGGAAAACAGAAAAGAUAUUCUAAUCUAUUCACUUGUAGAAAACUGGAAGUUGAAAAUUUGGGGAGCUUUAAGUUAUUUAUAUAAAGGGAAUAAAUAGGCUUCUUUUAAUUGGGUCUUUUUAUUAUGAAUUGGGUAACAGUAUAGGUUUAUUAUUUAUUCAUCUAAUUAUAUUACAGGUUUUGUAAUGUUACAUGUUGGUAAUGUUAUGUGAGCUCUUCCACCUUAUUUGUGGGGGAACAUCUUGGGAAUUUGAUAGUUAUUUUACUGUGUACUUGAUAUUGUGAAUAAUUUGAAAAAAAUUGUCAUACUUUCUCCUUUUAUUUCAUAUGAAAGAAGCAAAAGAAAUGAGAAUAAAGUUUUAAUUGUUUUAAUAAGCCAUAGGUCAUGACCUGCUUUAUGAAGAAAGCAAAAAUAAUUAUGGAAAGUGCCAGAUUCUUAAGAAUUUCAUCAUUUAUUGUUUUGACACUUGUAAACAUUGUAGAAUUUGUUAAAAUUUUGAUAAAUUUGCUCAGUAAGUUUAGUAUGUUUGUUCAAGACGUGAAAA